UUGUUCUUUCUCUUGUCCACUGCUCUUCUCAAGCGUGUUUCUCGUCCCAUACCGUCCUUCGUUUGGUGCAUCCAAUGUCAUUAGGUUUUAAUGUCAUCAAACUGACUUCCUCGUCGUAAUGAGCUCGUGCUGCCGUUCCCUCGUUUUGGGGUGAAAGCGGGAGGGAUGGUGUGGUAAUGUAUCAUCCUCGUUCCUAUAAAACUGAGGCGAUCAACAUGCCUUUGCAAUACCUGGUUGCUUUGUCUGCAUGUCAAUCACUCUGCCUUACAUUGCUGACUCUGACGCCCGGCGCUCCGGCUGCCAUCUCGCUGGGCGGACGCAGCUGUCCAACAUUGACGAAGAUGAGGAGGGUUGCGGAGAUACCGAUGAUGAGCAGCACGAACAGCCGGAGCUGAGCCCCGAGGGUCUGCCAGCCGGCUGGACCGUACAGAGGGCGCCCAAUAACCGGAUCUUCUUCAUCGACCACUGCAACAAGACGACGACGUGGAUCGACCCGCGCACCGGUCGGCCGACGCCGCUGCCGGACGAGCCGGGCCAGCAGCGGCGCGCUGACGACGAGCUGGGCCCGCUGCCGGACGGCUGGGAGGAGCGCGUGCACGCUGACGGACGCAUCUUCUUCAUCGACCACAAGAACCGGACCACCACCUGGGAGGACCCGCGCCUCCUCAACCCCAGCAUCGCCGGCGAGGUGGUACCCUACAGCCGCGACUACAAACAGAAGUACGAGUACCUGAGAAACCAGCUGAAGCGACCGUCGGGCGUGCCGAACAAGUUCGAGAUCAAGGUGCACCGCAACUCGGUGUUCGAAGACUCGUUCCGGAUCAUCACGUGCGUCACCCGGGUGGAGCUGCUCAAGACGAAGCUGUGGAUCGAGUUCCACGGAGAGCCGGCGUACGACUACGGUGGCCUGUCGCGCGAGUGGUUCUUCCUGCUCUCGCACGAGAUGUUCAACCCCUACUACGGCCUGUUCGAGUACUCGGCCAUGGACAACUACACGCUGCAGAUCAACCCAGCUUCGGGCCUGUGCAACGAUGAUCACCUGUCCUACUUCAAGUUCAUCGGCCGGGUGGCCGGCAUGUCUGUGUUCCACGGCAAACUGUUGGAUGCUUUCUUCAUCCGCCCGUUCUACAAGAUGAUGCUGGCCAUGCCCAUCGAGCUGAAGGACAUGGAGAGCGUCGACUCGGAGUACUACAAUUCCCUGAUGUGGAUCAAGGACAACGACCCGGCCGACCUGGAGCUGACCUUCGCCGUCGAUGAGGAGAAUUUCGGAAAGAAGAACGAACGCGAGCUCAAGCCGAACGGCGCCAACAUUCCAGUGACGAAUGAAAAUAAAAAUGAGUAUAUCGGCCUGAUCAUCGAGUGGCGCUUCGUGUCGCGGAUCAAGCCGCAGAUGAACGCCAUCCUGGAGGGCUUCAACGAGAUCGUGCCGCUGCCGCUGCUCAAGAUCUUCGACGAGAAUGAGCUGGAGCUGCUCAUGUGCGGCCUGGGCAACAUCGACGUCAAGAACUGGAAGCAGAACACCGUCUACAAGGGCGACUUCCACGCCAACCACAUCGUCAUCCAGUGGUUCUGGCGGGUGGUGCUGUCGUUCAGCAACGAGAUGCGCGCGCGUCUCCUGCAGUUUGUGACGGGCACCUCGCGUGUGCCGAUGAACGGGUUCAAGGAGCUGUACGGCAGCAAUGGGCCGCAGCUGUUCACCAUCGAGAAGUGGGGCGCGCCCAACAACUACCCGCGCGCCCACACCUGCUUCAACCGCCUGGACCUGCCGGCGUACGAGAGCUACCAGGUGCUGCGUGACCGCCUGGUCAAGGCCAUCGAGUCCCCGCAGGUGUUCGACGGCGUCGACUAGGCGUCUGGCCGGCCGGCGCGCACGGUUGUGAGGUUGGCGCCCGCCCCAGGGACCUGACGACCUCAGGGUGCGCACUGGCGAGCGGUCGGCGCGGCGGUCGCGUGCCGCGCGGCCCGGCAGUCCCGACGCUCGGUGGCAGGCUGGUGCAGCGGUGUGUCCCCGCUCCGGCGGCUCGGCGCGCGGUCGCGCUGUUUUAUAUGCGGAUUCGAGGCGUCUACCGAUAACGACGUGUUGUUAUUUAGUAUCUGUCUUGCGCGGUAGGGUUUUGAUGUCCGGUUUCAACUUUCCAGUGAGUCAAUACCAGUUUCGCUUCAGCCCUGUGCAAAGCCAUAAGUUUUAUCAUGGAUGUCUUUGAAAUAAUUUUCUUCCCUUCAUUCAACUUGUUUGGGCGGUGGCCUAGAGGAGUCUAUUUGGAGGCUAGUCAGGGCUCGGUGCGCUUGGUCCGAGAAAUCCUACUGAAUGAUGCCUGGUGCUAGCGACCGGAACCGAGCCGGUCCUACCCACGAUAUUGACGCCGUUCGUCGCUGCUGUUCAUACAUAAUGUCCAAGCAGGUGUAGUCGUGGGACUGGGAGGCGGCUUUACUUUCAUUGGCACGGCUAUACUAUCUGUCUAUCCCCGGUCCUAUCGCGGCCAAUAGACGCGAGUUCGGGCAAGGGGCCCCUUAUCAUCGUAUUGCGCGCUGGGGCACUGCAAGCGCUCUGGUGUCUGUCGUUGUGCCAUCAGUAAAUGGUCUUGAAAAUAUUGCUUUAUUUCAGCUUUCGGCCUAUCGCACUGCCACGUCGUGUUUCAACACUGGUCUUGAGUCAUUGCCUCUUAUUCCAACAUCUGACCUCGCAUUUGUGUGGUGCUUUCGCUGCUUUCGUUUGGAAAUCCAGUAUUCACAGAUAUAACAAGUUGCAACGUCUCGUGUAGGUGUCUUCUCCACAUACCAAACCGGAAUCCAGGCGUCAGUGAGGGUUUGAUGACCAGCGUUUGUUUCCGCAUUCAUUGUCCGUGUUUUGACGCGCGGCUUACCGUCAGCAGUCUGGUUGCCAUGUUAAAGGGCUUUGUGUGGUAUUUCACGGAUGUUGCCAUGGUGUGAAGCUUCUCGAAUGCGCUCGUUUCUCACGAUCAUCCCGAUGUGUAUGUGUGGCUGUGGUUCGCAGGCCAUGUAAAGGUGACCCUAGUAAUUCUGACAGCUGAUUUGUAAUCUCGAUCGGCCGACAGUGGCGUGGCGCCGUGGUCGCGCGUGGCAUGAACGAUCUGUGUGCUACCGGCUGUACGUGGGCCUGUCGGCGAGAGUCGGAUAGUUGACGUUGCAGGCGAGUGCGUGGCGUGCAGUGCAGGCGCGCCCUCGUUCGGAUACCGGCAUGUGCUACGAUACGUUGGAUGCGUUGCUCGUGAUAUCCUGCCGACGAACGCCCGUCGGAUGUUGAUGGGGCGCCGCCGUGACUGCCGACCGUUGUUACGUAUGUUCUGCGACAUCGCCGGCGGCGAGCCAGCGCGUCUGUGAGGUGGACGUGACGGCCGGAGGAGGAGCGCGACUCCGCCGUGACGGGCAGCGCCCCGCCCCGCCGCUGUGCGCCGCGGGGCUGACGGCGCGCCGUCGGUCCGGCCCGGCGCGUCGACUGGGGCCGUGGACGCAUGGCAGGCGGCUGGUACGCGAGGCGCGGCGACGUCGGCGCCUCCGCGACCGCGUGCAAUAUCUCCUGCCACAGGGAGAGCGGUGCGCUCGGGGCGUGGUCGCGUGCGAAAAGACUUGCCGUGUGGACGGACGGCCGGGCGCGUGCACCGGCCCCAUGCUCCGAUUAACGACUCGGGUGCCGUCGUGCCCGCGCGUCAUCUGCUGUGUAUUGUGGUCAGCCGCAGCGCGCGCGGCCGACCGCUGCCUACAAGCGCCCUGUCAGCCAGCAACUGCGAGCCGCUGUGGUGUCUUCUAUCAACCAUCUUCUUCGACGUAGAUCUGAGCCGUUCCUGCUGGUGCGGCCACUUGGCGCGCAAGCGCCCGAUCAUCACUUAUAUAUGCCUGUUUACAAGGAUAUUUGCGUAGCUCACGUAGGUCAGCCGUGCCUUCGACCGACGCCGGUCGGCCCGAUGCCGCUCGUGCGCGCUAGUGGUCGGUUUUGUUUCCGUGUGUGAUUAGCUGUUCAGCUCCGUUGCUGGCGCGUGUGUGUAGCGUAGUUGGUGUAGCCGGGGUAGCCGCAGUUCUGACCGGGAGGAAGGGACUUCGGGGCCGCGCCGCCGUCACCGCCGCCGCGUCCGGGCCCGGCUCGGGCGCCGCCCGUGUAUGAUGUGCAGUAUCGUAUCCAAUAUACCAAACUAUU